AUGGUUGAUGACUGCGGGGAAGAGACUUCUGAUGAAGAUGAGUUUGUCUUUCUGUCACAAGGUGAGAAAACCAAAUCUCCAAAGUUCACCAUGAAGAUUAAUGGACAACCUGUUAUCAUGUUAGCAGAUUCAGGUGCAUCUAUCAACACAAUUUCAAAAACUGUGUACCAGUCCCUCCGACCUAAACCCAAACUACAAGAAUGCAGAACAAAGGUGUUUCCUUAUGGAAAGAAGGAACCAGUGCAUGUGCUAGGACGUUUCACAGCCACGAUUGCAUCGAAGACCGCAUCUGCUGAAGCGAAAUUAUGUGUCGUGUCUGACGUUGAUGAGUGUUUGUUGAGUUGGCAAAUGGCACAGGAACUUCAUCUGCUAAAAACACAUGAAUCCGUGUAUUCUUGCAAAUCUGAAGAUCUGAUAACAGAAUACAGUGAUUUGUUCACGGGACUCGGCAAGCUGAAAGAUCUGAAAGUACAGUUGCAUAUCGACAAAGAUGUUCAACCAGUGGCUCAACAGUACAGACGUGUACCAUUUCAUGUCAGGAAGGACAUAGAAACCCAGAUCAAAUCUGAUUUGGAACGUGACGUCAUUGAACGAGCUUCAGGUCCAACACCCUGGGUGUCUCCUUUAGUGGUAGUCCCUAAACCAAGUAGUCCUGGCAAGGUACAAACGCUUGAAUUUGGGAUCAACAGUGCUGCUGAAGUAUUCCAAGAAACCAUUAGACAAGCUGUCAGUGGUUUGAAUGGUGUCAUCAACAUCAGUGACGACAUUCUGGUCCAUGGGGGUGAUCAACAGUCACAUGACACAAAUCUACAUGCCUUGUUUGAACGUCUCCGUGAAAUGGGACUAACUUUAAACAGUGACAAGUGUGUUUUCAACAAGCAUUCCAUUGAGUUUCUUGGACAUGUGUUCAGUGAUGACGGCAUAACACCAAGCCAGGCAAAACUGUCUGUAAUCCUAGAUAAGCCACCACCCAAGAAUGUUUUGGAAGUGAGGAGCUUGCUUGGAAUGAUGAACUUCUGUGGUGCUCGUCAUGUUCCAAAUUAUGCGACACUCACCUAUGAACUCCGCAAGCUGACUCGCAAGGAUGCUCAGUGGGACUGGACAGAGAAACACCAAACAGCCCUUGACAACCUGAAAUCUGAACUGUGUAAAGCGACAACACUGAGUUUCUUUGAUCCACAAAAACAUACAGAGCUGUAUGUUGACGCAAGCCCUGUUGGUUUGUGUGCGGUGCUUACUCAACCAGAUUCAGAUGGAAAACCCAAAGUGAUUCAGUUUGCAAGCAGAUCGCUCACACCCACAGAACAGAGGUACUCUCAAACUGAACGGGAAGCUUUGGCUGUCACUUGGUCUUGUGAACAUUUUUACAUAUAUGUGUUUGGAUCAGUGUUUACCAUAUUCACCGAUCAUAAGCCAUUAACUACACUGUUCGGGAACCCAAAGGCACCGUUACCUCCCAGAAUUGAAAGAUGGGUGAUGAGGAUUCAGCAAUAUCAAUUCAAGAUUGUCUACAGACCAGGAGCAGAUAAUCUGGCAGAUUAUCUUAGUAGACAUCUAGUCCAGCAAUCUGCAAGUCAUAGAGAAGAGAAGAUUGCUGAAGAAUACAUUAACUAUGUUGUUACCACAGCAAUCCCUAAAACCAUGACGACAGACCAUGUUGCUAAGGCAACAAGGAAUGACCCAGUAUUACAAGCUGUUGUUCAGGCCUUGAACACAGGCAACUGGAAGUCAAGCAAUAAUGUAGACAAGGUGUAUGACUCUUUGUACAAGUGUCGUAAUGAACUGUCUGUCGCCAUGAACAAUCAAAUACUGUUGAAAGGUGCUCAAAUUGUGUUGCCACCAAGCUUACACAGACAAGCUGUUGAUCUAGCUCAUGCUGGUCACCAGGGCAUCGUGAAAACAGUUUCCCUGCUUCGUGAGAAGAUAUGGUUUCGUGGAUUGCACAAUAUGGUGGAACAUGUGGUUAAAAACUGCAUGACAUGUCAAAUCACAACUGAUUUGCCAGCACGUGAACCCCUCAAAAUGUCAGAAUUGCCAGAUGGACCAUGGCAAGAGCUUAGUGCUGAUUUCGGUCAGAUAUCAACUGGUGAAUAUCUGCUGGUGGUGCAAGAUGAAUAUUCACGUUAUGUCAUUGUAGACAUACUUAAGGGCAUCUCUGGUCGCAAUGUAAUUCCAAGACUUGAGAAAAUCUUUUCAGAGUUUGGGAUACUACAUCAGCUCAAGACGGACAACGGCCCACCAUUUAAUGGCUACGAGUUCAAGGCAUUGUUCGUGACAGAGACAAUUGCCUGUCCGACAUGUCCGAACAAGAGAUUAUGGAAGAACUCAAAAUCUAAGGAGUGA